AUGGGUCCCCGUUACUCACCAGCACGAUCCCCUAGGGAUUCAGGCUACGACUCUCCCGGAGCCUAUAUGUCUGGGGGAUUAGGGCCCGGUACUCGAAGAGCUUCUCUUCGCGAGGAUAUUCUGAGCCAACGUGACAAUGGUACUCGGAAGUCGAAAAGCUACGCGGAUACUGUCCACCCUGGGGACUCUAUAUCCCAGGUGGGCCGGCCAACUUUUGUCAAGCCCGGGCAGUGCGUCGAGAGUCCGGCCUCUUUCCGGGGACUCGAACAGUAUGAGCAAUCAAGUCGUCGUGGUUCCCGCGAUGAUUAUGGGCCGACGUCUCCCAAGUCCGCCUCUCGGAGGGCUAGUUACGCGGGUGAGCACGGUGGCGGGAGAUACCAGUACAAGAAUCGCUACGGUGACAAUUCCUACGUUGAAAUUGGAAGAGAUCCCAGGGACUUUCACUGUUCUGGGUACGGCGAUUCCAGGAUAUACCAAUACGAGAACAGCUACGGUGACAAUGCCGGCAUUGAAGUUCAAAUGGAUCCCGUGGAUAUGCGCCGUUCUGGACACCGCGAUGACAGGAGCAGGACGUCCUACCGUGGAGAUAAUGGGGGUGUGGUCAUAGUCCGUCGGGACAUCACCCCCCCUGGCUCCAGUUCUAGUUCCAACCGCCGGUCUGCGCGUGGCUCCUCUGGGGGUGCAUCUCGCGGUUCUUCUCGUUCCUCUGGCGGCCCUUCUGACUCUCGAAUCCAGUUUGGUCGUCACUGGAAAGAUAUCACCUACGGGGACAAUCGCAGGUUCCAGCACUAUGACUUCAGGUCUGGUGUCAAGAGCCAUAUCACACCAGAGAUCGGCCAAGAUGGCGUGUGCGGUGUUGCUGCGAGGGACGACUCCCGGGGCACUCUUAUAGUCACCGAAGGCCGGGUCGACACCUACGUCAAAGUGCCUCGCAUGGUCUUUGUCGAUAGUGAUAAGCAGGCGCUUGCGACCUUCAAGCACGUUUCUCUGGAGCGGCUAAGAGAGUACGCCGACUCGAUCGAUAACCACUCCGCGCCGCCUAUGCCUGGCGACGAGAACAGGCGUGGGUUCUGGAUGGACCCUCAGACCUUGUUUCUUAUGGUUGGUCGUGGGACGGUCGAGAGGACUGUCUUGGAUGUUGAGAUUGCAUACCUUGGCAGUGGCAGUUCAGCCCGGAGUAGCCGUGCUCGUGAGAUUCAACGGAAGCGUCAUGAAGGGAAGAAGGACCAUGAGGACCUUCUCCGUGCCUCGAGCCGUUGGGAUUCUCCCUAUGAGGCCGGGCGUGGUUCUUCGCACCGUCGCUAUUCCCAGCGUAAUAUCUAUUAUCAAGAUAAUGACCGCUAUGGACGCCAUUCCUAG